AUGAUGAAACAAUCAUCAUCAACAUUCACAAUCCUUAUACUAUUGUGUUGUUGUUCAUUCCAUUUUAUAGAUCAAGUAACAUCUCAGUUGGUAUUACCACAAUCAGAAUUAACAUCUGCAAUCUUUAUGAUUAGACAAUAUGGAUUGAAAAUACAAGAGAAUCAAGCAGCUAUAUGUGGUGGAGCUACUAGCAACUAUACUUUCUUUUGUACCAAUUCAACUAACGGAUAUCAUAUUACUAAAAUUGAUGUUAAAGGAGACACAUUUACGACUGGUUUAGGUGUACCCGAUCCAACAUUCAUUUCUUACAAUCUGCCAGAGUUGACAGAGUUUAGAACCUUUACAAUUCAAGUUAAAAACACUUCCUUUGUAUUUGCCAAACUUAUUCAAAAUCUUUCAAAACUUGAAACUUUAAUAGCUGAAGUUGAAGCUACAUUUGUUGUAAUACCUUAUGGAUUCCCAAAUCCACAACAAUAUCCUAAUCUCAAACAUUUUGAAUAUUGGUGUAAUUCACCAAAUAAUCCAAUCGAUCUCAACCUAUUUCUCGCGUCAACAUCGAUUGUUGAAAAAAUUCAAUUGACAUGUACUGGGUUUAACUUUAAAAUCGAUGAAUCUAUUUAUCUUCCAAACCUCAAAUAUUUUGGAUUAUAUACUAGAGAUGUUAAUUCAACAACAAUCACUAUAUCCGAAUCAUCAUUCCCUGCUUUAAAAGCUUAUACAAUACUUAGUAGAUUUGUAGAUAUUAAAUUUUCAAAUCCAAACCCUAAAACAAUUGAAAAUUUAGAUCUUAUGCAACAUAAUAUUACAUUGAUUGAUGGAUCUAUAACAGAUUAUACAAAUCUUAAAACUUUAAGGUUAGGGGAAUAUAAUUUUAAAGGACCAUUCCCAUUUACAAGUUAUCCAUCACAAUUGACAAGUAUUAUUUUGCAGCAAAAUAUUCCAAUUUCUGUCAUCCCAAAUAUUACACUCCCACCUUUAUUAGAUUCUUUUACAUCAUCUUUUGAUAAUGCCAAAGGUCAAGUCCCUUGGAACUUAUUUUCAUCAAAAAAGAAAUUAUAUUUGGAUUUAUCAUAUAAUCCAUUAUUGACUGGUAGUGUCUCGCCUGAUAUGUGCAGUGUCGAUCUAUCAUUGAAUAUAUUAAAUUCUGGAAUCACCACACUUCCAGAAUGUCUCUAUUGUUAUUUAUCGGAUCCCAAAGUUAUUAAAACUACCAUUACCCCUCCACCUAAUUUCAAUUGUAAUUUUACAAUUGAUUCAUUGGAUAUUUAUACAAAGUUUGGAAAAGCAUUAAUUAGUGGUACCAAUUUAGGAUAUGGUGAAAAGAACUUUACAAGAUAUUCAAUCAAACGAAUCGUACCAAACUCAUUGAUAGAAUUUACAACAGACUAUCUAAGUGGACCAAAGAAAACUAUGGUCAUCAAGUUAAGUGACUACUACUCUUACACUUUUCCAUUACAAGUGAUUGAGAUUGCCAUUACCAUGGCAGACACUCAAUCAACAUUGGUAGAGGGUGGUGCAUUACUAAACAUCACAUUUGAAUAUUUUAAUAGUGCAGUUGUCCAUACUGUCAUGGUUGACAAUACAAUCCCUUGUCAAAUCGUAUCAAUGCAAACUAAAUAUUUACUUUGUCAAACCUUUGAUUAUAUUCCAUGGAAUGAUAAAAAUAUUACUGUAUCAAAUCAAUAUUAUUCUACAAGUUCAAUGUUUACAUUUUCUUCUCCAGUUUAUCCAAGUAUAACAGCAAUUAAUAUAUCAAAUGAUUAUAAGAAUUUAACUAUUUAUGGUGAAUUUGGAGAGAUGGGACAAUUAAAUGCAACGGUUAGAAUUAAUAAUACAUUGGAUUGUAAUAUCACCUCUAGUACAAGAGAAAUGAUCAAUUGCUCGCUUGUAGAUACUCCAUCAUUGGGAUUAGCAAAUAUUAAUGUUUCACUUGACAAUCUAACCUUUUAUGCUGAUUCUUUAUUGUAUUUCCCUGUCAUUCCAACAACUACAACACCACCUUCUGUACCACAAACCAAAGAACAAUGUGAAGAAUCAACAAGUAAAUGUUUUGGUCAUGGUAUUUGUCAAGAUAAUGGUCAAUGUCAAUGUAACCCUAAUUAUAAUCAAUUUGAUAAUUGUUUAACUAAAUUUAUAAAUACAACAAUUAAAAAUACAUCACGACAACCAAUUAUUGAAUAUAAUUUAACAAGAUUAAAUGGUGAUGAUGAAUUGGUGUCAUACGGAGCAUUUAAAUUUGGAUUGGUAUCUAUUCAAGAAUUAAAUUUUGAUAAUAGUGUAUUGAGAGAAUUAAAGUUACAAGAAGACCAGUGGACAUCAGACUCUUCAUCAUCAUCAUAUACCUAUACGACGACGACAAAUAGUUCAGUUUCUGGAUUUGGUAAUACAACCAUUAUAGCCAACACAACAUUUUCACAACAACCAUCAACCGAUUCCAAUUACUUGGGUAACCAUUCCCUAUUAUUGAAUCCAUCGUCGACUAAAUUAUCAGUGUCUAUCAUUGAUUGGCCAUACCUAUCACCAAUGUCAACCCUUCAAAUUAUUUAUCAACAAUUAUCGUCGUCAGAGGAACAAUCACCAUCACAAACAAUAGAUCGUGGAUGUGACAAGGUAACUGUAUCAUUGACAAAGACUGAUGAGUUUGGUGUAUCAGUUCAAUACGUCCAAGUAGUCAAUCAAAGAGCACAAUUCAAUGGUAGAUUCAUUGAUUAUUCAAUAUCCAAUGGUUUGGAAACUUAUUCAAGAGUUGUUCAACAACAGGAUGGCGGCAGCGGUAGCAGUGGCAACUCGAUAUUUUCACUAGCAGUCAAACUACCACAUUGUCAGCUAUGCCAGACCAGUUUUGAUUUCACUCCUUUGGAAAUCGAUCAAGUUUCAUGUGGCAGUGAGACAUCGUCGGUUGCAUGGAAAGCUGGAGUUGGUGUUGCUGUGCCCGUUGCAGCCAUCUUGGUUGGAGCUGCUGGUUUCUUUGGAAGAAAACACAUCCAACGCAAACUAGCUAAUACAAGAUCAAAAUCAAUUGAACUAAAUUAA